CGCCUGUCAACCCCGGCGUUUGCUCCUCGAGAAGGCGGAGCAGACGCCAUGGCGGUUCUGCUGGAGACCACUCUGGGCGACGUCGUCAUCGACUUGUACACCGAGGAGCGGCCGCGCGCUUGCUUGAACUUCCUGAAGCUAUGCAAAAUAAAAUAUUACAAUUAUUGCCUUAUUCACAAUGUACAGAGGGAUUUUAUCAUACAAACUGGUGAUCCUACAGGGACUGGCCGUGGAGGAGAAUCUGUUUUUGGUCAACUGUAUGGUGAUCAAGCAAGGUUUUUCGAUGCAGAAAAAGUGCCAAGAAUUAAGCACAAGAAGAAAGGCACUGUGUCCAUGGUGAACAAUGGCAGUGAUCAGCAUGGAUCUCAGUUUCUUAUUACCACAGGAGAUAAUCUAGAUUACCUGGAUGGUGUUCAUACAGUGUUUGGUGAGGUGACAGAAGGCAUGGACAUAAUUAAGAAAAUUAAUGAGACCUUUGUUGACAAGGAUUUUGUACCAUAUCAAGACAUCAGGAUUAAUCAUACAGUGAUUUUAGAUGAUCCAUUUGAUGACCCUCCGGAUUUAUUAAUUCCUGAUCGGUCACCAGAACCUACUAGGGAACAACUAGAUAGUGGUCGAAUAGGAGCAGAUGAAGAAAUUGAUGAUUUCAAAGGAAGAUCAGCUGAAGAAAUAGAAGAGAUAAAGGCAGAGAAAGAGGCCAAAACUCAAGCGAUUCUAUUAGAAAUGGUGGGAGACCUACCUGAUGCAGAUAUUAAACCUCCAGAAAAUGUGCUGUUUGUGUGUAAACUGAAUCCAGUGACCACAGAUGAGGAUCUGGAGAUAAUAUUUUCAAGAUUUGGGCCAAUAAGAAGUUGUGAAGUUAUUCGUGAUUGGAAGACAGGAGAAUCCCUCUGUUAUGCUUUUAUUGAAUUUGAAAAGGAAGAAGAUUGUGAGAAAGCAUUCUUCAAAAUGGACAAUGUGCUUAUAGAUGACAGAAGAAUACAUGUGGAUUUUAGUCAGUCUGUUGCAAAGGUCAAAUGGAAAGGAAAAGGUGGAAAAUAUACCAAGAGCGAUUUCAAGGAGUAUGAAAAAGAACAAGAUAAACCAUCUAAUUUGGUUCUGAAAGAUAAAGUAAAGCCCAAACAGGAUGCAAAAUAUGACCUUAUCCUGGAUGAGCAGGCAGAGGACUCAAAGUCAAGUCACUCCCACACAAGUAAAAAACACAAGAAGAAAACCCGUCACUGCUCUGAAGAAAAAGAAGAUGAGGACUACAUGCCAAUCAGAAAUACCAAUCAGGAUAUCUACAGAGAAAUGGGGUUUGGUCACUAUGAAGAAGAGGAAAGCUGCUGGGAAAAACAAAAGAGUGAAAAGAAGGACCGACCUCAAAACCGAAGUCGCAGCCGAUCUCGAGAAAGAGAUGGCCACUAUAGCAAUAGUCACAAAUCCAAAUACCAAACAGAUCCCUAUGAAAGAGAAAGGAGUAAAAAGAGAGACCGAAGCAGGAGUCCCAAGAAAUCCAAAGAUAAAGAAAAAUCUAAGUAUAGAUGAAAAUGAAGAAUCAGACAGGAGUGGCUAAAAUAUUUACUCAUCUAGCUUAGAGUAAUAGAUGUUCAGAUUUUGUGUCAAAGCAGUUAAAGACUGCUUGUUUUUUUUCCACAUUCUAAUUGUGUUCUUUUAUAUUAAUACUGAUUGUGUAGUGCACAGAAAGACAAUAAAGAAUUGAACAUUUUCUUUGUAUACUUUUUUACGCUAAUUUUCUUGUUAUACAUAAAUAGUAGUCUUCAUUUUUCAAGUCUUUAACAUUUUCCACUUUUUAAAAUGAAGUAUUUCAUACCUACAAAAAUAUCUGUGUCCCAUCGGCCAGCUUAGGAAAUGAAUAUUACCUGCAUUUUAGAAGUCCCUUAUGUGCCCUUUCCUUCUCAAGUAAUAAUUAUGAGUUUUGUGUUUGUUGUUCUCUUGCUUGUUAUAGUUUUAUAACAUAUGUAUCCCUAAACAAAAUGCUAAGUUUUGUAUGUUUUUGAAUUUAUAUAAAUGGUAUAAUGUAUGCUCAUUUCUGUGACUUGCUUUAUUCAACUUAGUCCAGUACUUUUUGAGAGUGACUCACUUUUAUUGCUAUAUAGUUUUAUGAGGUCUAUCUAGAAAAAGUCCAGCCUUUGUUAAUAUAACGAGAAUGUUUUGUGCAACAUUGAUAUCAAUGUAACUUGACAGCCAAGGAGAGUGGACUGAAAUGCGCAUGCAUGAACAAUGAUGACUUCACUGUACUAGUCAGUGGGCCUGGUAGACCAACGUUGAGCGAGCAUGUGUACUGUGUGACCAUCACAUUCAAAAUGACUGAGCAAGUAGAGCAACAAGUCUGUUAAGCUUGAACAUUCCUCUGUGAAACUAUUUGAAUAAUCAGAAGGCCACAGCUAUGGGCAGCUGGUGAUUGGCAAGCUUCAUCACAACAAUAUGCCCGCUCAUGCAUCAUGUCUAGUGCAGAGUAUUUUGACAAAACGUCAAAUCACCCAGGUGACUCAGACGCCCUACAGCCCAGAUUUCGCGCCCUGCAACUUCUGGCUUUUCCCCAAAUUAAAAUCACCUUUGAAAGGGAAGAGAUUUCAGACCAUCAAUGAGAUUCAAGAAAAUACAAUGGUGCAGCUGAUGGCAAUGGGAAGAACUUUGUGAGGUCCUGAGGUACCUACUUUGAAGGGGCAUCAUUGACGUACAUACAGUGUUUUUUGUAUCUUCAGUAAAUGUCUCUAUUUUUCAUAUUAUAUGUCUGGAUAUCCUCUGGACAGAUCUUAUAUGACUACCCCACAGUUUAUCGGUUCUGUGGAUGGGCAUUUGGGAUUUAUUUGUUUGGCUAUUGCAAACAGUGCUGCUAUGAACAUUGUAUAUCUAGGAGUGAUACUGCUUGGUCAUGGUGUGUGGAUACCUUCAUUUUAUAAGGUAAUGCCAAAUUAUGUUCUGCAGUGGCUGUACCAGUUUAUAUUCUACCAGCACUAUGUGUUACCUUUGUUUCACAUUAUCUCUAACGCUUCUUAAUUUUAGAUUUUAAUUUUGCCAAUCUAGUGGAUGUUAAGUGGCAUGUUGUGUUUUCAAGCAAGAAGGCUGUUAUCUUUGUUCUAUAUGCAAUGUGUUCUUUUUCCCUGGCUGCUUGUAAAUUUUUGAUUUUUAAGCAAUUUGAUUAUGUUGUGCUUGGUGUAGUGUGUUUCAUGUUUCUCCUGCUGGGGCUAUUUACCAGUGGUUUUAUGGUUUUCAUCAAAUUUGGAAAAGUUUUGGCUGUUAUUUCUUCAAUUGUUACUGUCUCUCCUCUCCCUCCGGGACUCCAAAUGUAUGUUAGACCACAUGUUAUCUCACAGUCUGUUUUUUUUGCUUUUUUGUCUUUUUUCUCUUUGUCAAAUUGGCCAGUUUCCAUGGUCAUUUCAUUAAGUUCAUUCAUCUUCUCUCCUGAAGUAUCUAAUCUGUGGAUCCCAU